GGCAUUAAUUUCGUGAAAUGAGCAAAUACACAAAAAACGAAUUAAAUAGAACAUUAUAUUUUCCCAUAACGCUUGCCCAAUUAAGUGGCGAUUAUUAAUUAAGCGGAAGAGGCCAAAAAAUGCUACCAUCGACGGGCCUUUUCAAGAGCUUCGCUUGUCCAUACUACAACAGUGCCGGCAACGGCAGCGGCAGCAAUGAUGAAAACGGCGAAGCGUCCUUCAACUGCAAACGUCCUUUCUGCCAUUUCAAGCACAAUCGCAAGGACGAUGUGGAAGCGACACUGCCUGCGGAAUCGGUGCCGGAGUACAAGCCAGCGCCGGUGCCCAAAUUGCUCUCCCUGCCACUGCCCGAGAUGACGAUGUGUGCGCCCAAAAAGAAGCCCAAUCUGGAAUACCAUCCGGAGAAGCCGGCCCUGAAUGCUUCGCCGGCGAAAAAACGUUUUGACGAGGCAGCGAGUGCACCCAAAUAUGUGCCUUCCGUGGUAGCAAAUGGAGCCGACGACGAGUGGGUAGAAUCUGAAAAAGAGGAGGAGCCAGAAGAAAAGCAACAGCAAGAACAACAGGAAGAGCAAGUGAAGGCCAAAUUGGAGACGGAAUUGGACGAGUUGGCCAAAACAACCAUUGAAAUUAAGCCCGAACCACAGGAAGCCAAUGAGGACACCCCAAAGAAUAACAACGAAAAGAAGACUUCAUCGUCUUCGUCCAGUGCUCGCAGCGAAAGCCGCAAACAUGAACACAAAUCUAGAGACAGUAAAGAGCGUCGCAGCUCGUCCCAGAAAGAAAAAGAGCGAUCAUCUGGCGAGCACCGUAGUUCCAGUUCCAGCUCCAAACACAAAUCGUCAUCUUCAUCAUCGUCUUCGCAUAGAAAAUCAUCGAGCAGUGAUAAGCAUCGCAGUGAGAAGAAGUCUAGCAGCAAGGAUAGAAACAGUUCAUCCAAGACAGCAACAGCAUCCACAACAUCUGCAUCAUCAUCGUCUAAGAGUCGCCAUCACAGUAGUUCUAGCUCCAAAUCUACAUCACGCAGCUCGAGCAGCUCAAAAUCCAAAUCCUCCAGCUCCAACUCUAACUCUAACUCUAACUCUCACUCCACUUCCAACUCCAACUCCAGAUCCAGCUCUGGCAAAAGUACGACCAAAGCCGAAACAGACACCUCAACUUCUAUCGAACUGCCAGCCAAGCCGGAUGAUGACAUUGCACUGGAUUACGAAAUGAAUGUGGAUGUCUCCGAGGCGGAGAUCGUGCGCCAGUGUGAAAUGAUAUUCGAUGAGCUGGAGCAGGCGUUUGCCCAAAAGCCUGAAGAGACGAGCACGGAGAAUGUGCGCAAGCGCAAAGCGCCCUCGCCGGACAUUGAGGCCUACACCGAGGCAGCUACAGCGGCGCUGCAGAAGCGUCGGGUUGCCCAUGAGAAUGCGGAUAAGUGCAAGCCGCAAGCGCCGGUGGCAGUCCACAAGCCGAAUCAUAUACGCAACGCGAUGCAGGCGAUCUUCGACAGACGGGCCGAGCUGCGACGCCAGGAGAAACUGCGCGCCGAGGCAGAUGCCGAGCUGUUGCGGCAGGCCCAGGAGCGGGUGCGCAUAGCCCAGGAGGAGCUGCGCGAAGCCCGUGCCAAGACCCUAACACCGCUCAUCUCACGCAGUAGCCUGACACCACCAACUCGCAUAGCACGCACCAUAACGCCCGUGGCCAAUGUGAUAGCCAUUGCGCGCGCCAAGAAGAAGAUCGAGGAGUUGCAGGCGGAAAAGAAGCCCGCCUUCACAGCUGCCCAGACGUUCAAAGGCGGCACUCGCUUGGCUCACAAGCCGACAGCGGCAUUGGACAAGGUGGCGCCUGCAACGGAUGUGGCUGCUGCCAAGCCGCCGGUGCUGGAGCCGCAGAGCUCGAAGAUAUCGUAUAACAUACGCAUGCAGUAUUAUGAGAUGAUGGUGAAGCAAUGCACCGCUAUCUACCCUCAGCUGACUGACGCCUGGGAGCGAGCGCAGGUCGAGGAGCUGGCUGUGUUCAAGAAGUGCAGCACGCCGUCAAUCUAUAAGAACAGCUGCAUGCUGGCCAUCAACAAGCUGCGUAAGGAGGCCGUCGAGGCGGGCAACCAGCCCAGUGUGGCCAACAAGACUGUCUCGCACGAGAUGAUGCUGGGCGGCAAGCGGGCGCUCACCACAUCCUGGAGCGUGGAAAAGAAGGACAAAUCGUCGUCGGAGCCCUUUGAUACACUCAGUGCGGAGAAGGCAUACGAAAUGGUCUACGAUCUGCGUCUGACCGACGAGCAGCUGGUGGAGAACGGCUUCCCACGGCCGGGCAAGGUGCGCGGCACGGCUGUUAUACGCUCCAGCCGGCCGAAUCGACGACCCAACGAGACGGAACGCUACUGCACCCGCUGCGGCAAGGUGUUCAAUCUGAGCAUCUAUGACACCAAGUGCACGGACAUGUGCAACUAUCAUCCAAAGAGCACGGGCUAUCGGCGCGGCUUCACAGAUAAUCAGCAUCGGUGCUGCCAGCAGCCAGCGGGCACGCCUGGCUGCAGCUAUGCCAACUACCAUGUCAGCGACUACUACGAUCCGGAUAAGCUGACCUGCUUCAUAAAGACCAUUGAGCGCUCGGAUGACUAUGUGCCCACCAAAAAGGACAUUUAUGCGCUCGACUGCGAAAUGUGCUAUACGACGCACGGCAUCGAGCUGACCCGAGUGACCGUCGUGGACAUCAAUGGACGCAGCGUCUACGAUGCUCUGGUCAAGCCGGACAACCAAAUUGUGGACUAUAAUACUGUCUAUUCGGGCAUCACGGAGGAUAUGCUCUCAAAGGAGACACGCACGCUGCGCGAUGUUCAGGCGGUGCUCAUGUCCAUGUUUCAUGCCAAGACGGUGCUGGUGGGCCACAGCCUGGAGAGCGACAUGAAGGCCUUGAAACUGAUACACGAUGUAAUCGUGGAUACAUCGGUGUUAUUCCCCCACAAAAUGGGGCUGCCCAAGAAGCGAGCACUCAAGACGCUGUGCAUUGAAAACCUAAAGCGCAUUAUACAAGAAAAUGAGGCUGGCCACGACAGCGCUGAGGAUGCGGAGGUCUGUAUACAGCUCAUCAAAUACUAUUUGCGCAACAAGAUUAGUUGAGCUGUCCAAGCGGAUCGCAUUAUUUAAUUAAUGUUUGGGAUUGGAUUAAACAUGUCAUCGAUGCGGACACAUUACAUACGAUUCGCAAUAUGUAACUCAACUUCACAGACGAAUCCCACACUUGAAAUCAAAACGUAUCCCAUAAGUGAGCCUUAAGAUCGAAAACAAAUCAUUAUAUAUAUAAAAUGGAUAUU